AUGCGCUACGCUUCCCUCGUUAUCACCACCCUCCUUGCCCUCUCCAGCUCCGCUAGUCCCAUUCCUGCGGAAUCCACCAACCGCGUCCGUCAGUUCAACUACGACACCCCUACCCCGGACAGUGUCAAAGCGACCGUCGAUCAGGCCAUCUACAUCACUCGGAACCUCGAUUCUGAGAUCAGUCGGAUCAGGGGUAUCAUUUCGAGCGACCCACUCUUUCAGCUCCACCCCAACAACUACGACAUCCCGACCAACCUCAAAAACGCCUUUGCCAAAGCCACAGCCGGUAUCCAGGCCCUCCCCACCAUCGCGACCGGAGGCGGAGAGGACCUCCCGCAGUACAUCGCGGACAGCUACCUACCUCUCGUCGAGGUCCUCGCCGAGUCGGUCUUCCAGAACUUGAUCAACCUCGAGAGGCUGUUCAACACCGUGGUCAACAACCCUAUGGUCACCAAUGGGACGGUGGAGACUGACUAUGGGAUCUGGGCGGUCUUCAAGGCCUUGAAUGCGCAGUUCCAGGGGUUCGGAUGUCAGCUGGCCAAAGCUGCCGGUCCCGAUAAUGCCGCCGGGCAGACCCUCAAGAUCAUCUCGGAGCAGCUCUUCUACACCUUGGUCGACAACAUUGCUCAGGGCAGUUGCUGA